ACCCUCGAUAAUCGCGCCGCAAAUCGGCUUCGCCAGACAUCGGCUACCAGCGGAGACCCAAGACCCCCGAAGACAGGCUCACAAACAGCAGCGGGGCGAGAGCAAGGAGAAAGGGCUGCCCGGGACGCCCACCGACACCUUCUGUCCCCUGUUUCCCUUGACCCGGAAGUGGUUCUCCCCUCCUCUCUCUCCCGCCCCCCGCCGCCGCCUCUACAGUUACAAUGGGAGGAGGAGGGCGGCCGGGUCUGGCCCGGCAUGCCCUGGGCUUCCGGUGACCUCUGGCCCUUUCCUGUCGUAUGCUGUGGCUUCCUAGCGUGCUCUCUCGCUCCCAGCCUGCCUUCCCUCCCUCCGGUUUUCCUGCGCACGCCAACUGGUGACUGUGGCGCCCGCAACCAGCAGGGAGGCGGUGGCGGAGGACACUCGUCAUGGCUGCCUCUAAGCCCGUAGAGGCGGCGGUCGUCGCUGCGGCUGCGCCCGGCUCCGGGAGCGGGGUGGGCGGCGGCGGGGCGGCUGCGGGCCCGGGCACGGGGGGCCUGCCGCGAUGGCAGCUGGCGCUGGCGGUCGGGGCGCCCCUGCUGCUGGGCGCGGGUGCCAUGUACCUGUGGAGCCGGCAGCGACGGCGCCGAGAGGCUGGAGGGCGAGGCGACGCCGGCGGCUUAAAGCGCAACAGCGAACGGAAGACCCCGGAGGGGAGGGCCAGCCCGGCCCCGGGCAGCGGACACCCCGAAGACCCCGGCGCUCACCUGGAAAUGAACUCUCUUGAUAGAGCCCAAGCAGCCAAGAACAAAGGCAACAAAUACUUUAAAGCAGGGAAAUAUGAACAAGCUAUUCAUUGCUAUACAGAGGCGAUCAGUCUGUGCCCUACAGAGAAGAAUGUUGACCUUUCCACAUUUUAUCAAAACAGAGCCGCUGCCUUUGAACAGUUGCAAAAAUGGAAAGAGGUGGCACAAGAUUGUACAAAGGCUGUUGAACUUAAUCCCAAAUAUGUGAAAGCUCUCUUUAGACGUGCAAAAGCCCACGAGAAGCUAGACAAUAAGAAGGAAUGUUUAGAAGACGUCACUGCUGUGUGUAUAUUAGAAGGGUUCCAAAAUCAACAAAGCAUGCUGUUAGCUGAUAAAGUUCUUAAACUUCUUGGAAAAGAAAAAGCCAAAGAAAAAUACAAGAAUCGUGAACCUCUGAUGCCAUCUCCACAGUUUAUCAAAUCUUACUUCAGUUCUUUCACGGAUGAUAUAAUUUCUCAGCCCAUGCUUAAAGGAGAGAAGUCUGAUGAAGAUAAAGACAAGGAAGGGGAGGUUUUAGAAGUGAAAGAAAAUUCUGGAUAUUUAAAGGCCAAACAAUACAUGGAAGAAGAAAACUAUGACAAAAUCAUAAGUGAAUGCUCAAAAGAAAUAGAUGCUCAAGGCAAAUACAUGGCAGAAGCAUUAUUACUACGAGCUACCUUCUACCUGCUUAUUGGCAAUGCCAACGCAGCUAAACCAGAUUUAGACAAGGUCAUCAGUUUGAAAGAAGCUAAUGUGAAGCUUCGAGCAAAUGCACUCAUCAAAAGAGGCAGCAUGUACAUGCAACAGCAGCAGCCUUUGUUAUCCACUCAGGAUUUUAACAUGGCUGCUGACAUUGAUCCUCAGAAUGCAGAUGUUUAUCAUCACCGAGGACAGCUGAAAAUACUGCUUGAUCAAGUUGAAGAAGCAGUGGCAGAUUUUGAUGAAUGUAUUAGAUUAAGACCUGAGUCUGCUCUGGCACAAGCGCAGAAAUGCUUUGCAUUGUAUCGCCAGGCAUAUACAGGAAACAAUUCUUCACAAAUCCAAGCAGCUAUGAAAGGGUUUGAAGAGGUCAUAAAGAAAUUUCCCAGGUGUGCUGAAGGCUAUGCACUAUAUGCCCAGGCAUUAACAGAUCAACAACAGUUUGGUAAAGCUGAUGAAAUGUAUGAUAAAUGUAUUGAUUUGGAACCAGAUAAUGCCACAACAUAUGUUCAUAAAGGUUUACUUCAACUUCAGUGGAAGCAAGACCUGGAUAGAGGUUUGGAGCUUAUCAGCAAAGCUAUUGAAAUUGACAGUAAAUGUGAUUUUGCCUAUGAAACCAUGGGAACUAUUGAAGUACAAAGAGGAAACAUGGAGAAAGCCAUUGACAUGUUCAACAAAGCUAUUAACCUGGCCAAAUCGGAAAUGGAGAUGGCUCAUCUAUACUCACUCUGUGAUGCAGCCCAUGCCCAGACAGAAGUUGCAAAGAAAUAUGGAUUAAAGCCACCAACAUUAUAAAAUAGGGGAAGGGAACAUGACUCUCUUUUUAGAAGAAGUUUACCCCCUCUGCAACUGAACCCUAAAGACACUGUCAUGAACUGUGUUGGAUGAUGGAACUUGGUAUUUCCUGUUUGUGCUGCUGUCAUUCGUUACAUCUGUUUCACGUUUAAGUGUUGUGGGAGUGGCUGUUGAAGGAAGUGUGCAGUGUUGCAGCUUUUAUUCCCUGUGCAACAAAAGCUUAAGACCUGUUAAAGGAUUAUUAAAAUGAAGUUGCAAAGAGUACAACUGAUAAUUGGCCAUGCAAAUAAAACUUUUAUUUGUUGAUUUGGUU